GGAGGGGAAGUAGGAAAGCGAGGAGAAGGAUGGUGGGGAAAGUCGAAGAAGGAUGAGAAGGGUAGAAAGGAUUAAGGGAGGGAGUGGCGGUCGAGCAGCCCUGAUGGAGUAUAAUUUGAGUAUAGGAUCGAUUGUUGGAUAAGUGAUUGUAUUGUACACUGGUCAAACUGUGGGAAUUAUUAUGGAAAAUAAAAAAUUUUGUUCUGGCAAAAAAUAAUCAUAUCAAUGAUUAAAUUAAAUCAGUGGAAUGACUUGCUUCCAGAAAUUGUUGGUGCUCCAACACUGGAAGUUUUUAAGAAGAGAUUGGACAGCCAUUUGUUUGGAAUGAUAUAGGGUCUCUCCUACUUGAGCAGGGGGUUGGACUAGAAGACCUCCAAGGUCCCUUCCUAACUUUCAUAUUCUGCUAUUUUUCCUUCUUCCUUCCGUCCCUCAGUUUUUUUCUCCCUAUUUAACCGCUAUUUCUCUUAUUUUCCAUUCUGUUGUUGGUGUUUUUACGUUUGGAUAAUAACGAUGAUCAUGAUAGCCGUCAUAGUAAUAACACUAGUUGUAAUAGCGACCAUGGUUCGAAUGGGAGACCCUUAAAGUAGAAUGGGCUUGGAAGUCAAGUCACCAUUCUGGAGGAACACUUCCUACUAGAUGUGAUUGUGUCCUCCAAGAAAAUUAUCUGGUCUCGUCUGGGCGGUUUUCUUGGCAAUCAUCUGGAAGCGUUUGGGACCACAUCUUUCCAACUCAAGACUUGAAAUCCAGGUCCUGCUUGAAGUUGAGCCCAACUUCUGGCAACUUUUGUAGACAGAUUCACAUCUUCUUGUCAUCUUCUGGUCAAUGCCACCCGCAUCUCCCCCAGCGCCCCCUCCCUCAGGAUGUCCCAGCUCUCUUCCACCUUGAAGCGCUACGUGGACUCCCCCCGCUACUCGGAUACCUUGCCUUGCAGCAAAGCCUCCACCAGCUAUGCCACCUAUUCCUCCUACUCUUCAAAACUCUCCUCCUCCUACUCAGACAAAGAGAAGCUCAACUACAAGCCCGCCACUCCUUCCAGCUACUUGACUUCUACCCACCUACGGACAUCGGGGGCCACCGCCUCCUCUUCCUUGAACUUUGAUGGGGGCGGGAGGCUGCUCCAACGCCCGGACUCAGGCACCAGGCUGAGCCCGGGGUACAGCCGGGUCCCCGUGCGGCCUUCCGGAGGACUGAGUGGAGGGGCCACUUACUCCUUUGCAAACGGCCCUUCGACCAGCUAUGGCUCCACCCCGCUGGGACGCAAGAAAUCCAGCAGCCAUUCCGACUUGGCGCGGGACUUUUCCUCCAUGCACCUGUCCUCGGACCCCUACCCCUCCACCUCUACCCGUAGCCCCUUCAUCGCCCGCCCCCGCCAAGAGCUCUGUAGCAUCCAAGGAUUUUACCAGCCCACCAGACACUCGGAAUACGUCCAGGACUACUUGGAGUCCUACAGUCGCAAAGGGGGACGCUCCCCGGGCCCCGGCUUGCACGGCUCCACCCCGGAGGUCAUCACCCCUUCCUUCCGCCCCACUAGCCGUUCCUCCGUUCAGCAGUGGGAGUGGACUGACAACCAGACAGACGUCCUGAGCAAGGAGAAUCCGAAUUCGAAAACGGUACAAGGUCUGACUGGUCUCCGAAACCUCGGGAACACCUGUUUCAUGAACUCCAUCCUGCAGUGCCUGAGCAACACCAAAGAGCUGCGAGAUUACUGCCUGCAGAGCCAAUACGUCCGCGAUCUCAACAACAACAGCCGCAUGCAGAUGUCUCUCAUGACAGAGUUCGCCAAGCUCAUCCAGGCGCUGUGGACCUCGUCUCCCAAUGAAUCCGUCGGCCCUUCCGAAUUCAAGAUGCAGAUUCAACGAUACGCUCCCCGCUUUGUGGGAUACAACCAGCAGGACGCCCAGGAGUUCCUGCGCUUCCUCCUUGAUGGGCUCCACAGUGAAGUGAACCGGGUGUUGGUCCGUCCCAAAGGCAACAAUGACAACCUGGACCAUCUACCGGACGAUGAGAAGGGUAAGCAGAUGUGGAUGAGAUACAUCGCGAGAGAAGACAGCCGGAUUGGGGAUCUCUUUGUUGGGCAACUAAAGAGCUCCUUGACCUGCAGUUCUUGCGGCUACUGUUCCACUGCCUUUGAUCCUUUCUGGGACCUGUCUCUGCCCAUUGCCAAGAAAAGCUACGGCGAGGUGAAUUUGAUUGACUGCAUGCGGCUCUUCACCAAGGAAGAUGUUCUAGAUGGAGACGAAAAACCCACGUGUUGCCAUUGCAAAGCGAGGACGAAAUGCAUGAAGAAAUUCAGCAUCCAGCGUUUCCCGAAGAUCCUGGUUUUACACCUGAAACGUUUCUCCGAAGCCAGGAUGCGAUCCAGCAAACUCACCACUUUCGUCAAUUUCCCGCUUAAGGAUCUGGAUCUACGGGAAUUUGCCUCUCAGAAUUGCAAUCACGCAAUUUACAAUCUCUACGCCAUCUCCAACCACAGCGGGACCACGAUGGGCGGCCAUUACACGGCCUACUGCAAGAGUCCCGUCUCUGGAGAAUGGCACGCCUUUAACGAUUCACGCGUCACGCCGAUCUCCCUGGGCCACCUCCGCAGCAGCGACGCCUAUCUCCUCUUCUACGAGCUGGCCAGCCCAUCUUCCCGAAUGUAGCUUCCAGGUCACGCUCCCCUCCCCCGCCCGCCACGCACGCCCCCACGGAAAGGAAUCCUCGUAGUAUCCCGGAGGAAGGACGCAAGCCAAGCACCAGCUCAAAAACGCAACGGGAGCAGGGUGGGGUGGGGUGUGGGGGGGCAUGUAGAGACCCAGGACAAUGGUGACUUGAGGGAUUUUUUUUUUUUUCUAAACUGGGUUUUUCCCCCUUUUUUUCCUAAAAAACAAGCAAAAACGAAAAAAAGAGAGAGAAAGAGAGGGAGGGAGGAAGAAAAUGCUUUUAAUAAAGCGUUAACUAAAGUUGCCGGUCUUUACCGGAAUACAUUUCGCCCAUGCAUAGGACAGAAGAGGGAUAAAAUACCAUCCUUGGAGGCCAGUUUCUAAACUACCUCCAUCGCUCCGAAAAAAAAAAAAAAAUUCUCAGGGGUGGUUUCUAUGUUUUCCUUCCCUCUCUUUUCCUUCCACCCUUCUCCCCUCGUCCAUCCACACCCCUACCCUUCCACAAUUUGGUGUGCGAUAAGCCACAAACAACUGCUGUUCUUUUCGGGGAGGGGGGGAAGCAACCUGCCUGUCCCCCUGUGAUCCCUUGUGGUGGUGGGGUAUCGGAGCUGAGCCACGGUGGUGUUUCCUCCUCUCUGUCUGAUGCCGGUCGGACGCCACUUCUGCCGCAGAGUUGCAGAACUAGAUAAGGUUUACCGGAAUCCGAUUUUGCAUCUUAGAUCCAGCAAGGCGUGUUUGUUUGGGGUUUUUUUUGCACAGUUCUCGCAUGACCCUCCUCGGGGGGGAGGAGGGGGAUUGCGGGGGAUUUCUCUGCAGGAACCAUGGACUUUGAGUCCUAUCUCUUCGCAUGGGGUGGGAGCUGCUUUUGGUUUCUUCUCUUUUUUUUUACAAACCGGAAGCAUUCGUGGACGGAUUUUUACUGACUUUAUCGCAAAAGCAGAGACUCGCUGGAUCCAAUUCUACCUGUUUUCUUGUCACGACUGUGCCUUAAAAGCAUCCAGACGAAAGACACGGUGUGUUUUCAGCGGAUCCAAGUGCCGUUCGGAAAGGACACGACGGCGCAACCAGCAGAAAUAUUGAGAGGGGGAAAAACAAACCCCACUUCCUUCCGCUUUCUCCUCCUACUGUCCUCACUUUUUCCCUGCCACAUCCCUCAUUCAUCCUGGGACGGAGGCCAUUCAGGAACACUUCGGACAAUUUUCACUGCCUUUCCGACAUGAGGGUUGCUUUGAUCCGGUUUUCGUUUUGGUUCUCGCUGCGUGCGUGCCGUGGAGUCGCCAAAAUGCACCUCAUUGGAGGGGGGAGGUUUGAGCCAGUUUGGGAGCGAUGGCUCGUCCAUCCUCUUAUUUAUUCUCCAUCUCCAUCGAAGCAGGCACUACUUGAAGGGCUGAGAGUUAGAGCUAGCACCUUGACGGUUUUGCAACCAGACAACAUUCGCUGGGUGGAAACCCCCCUCCCCCUGUUUUAUUCCCCCUCCCCCUGUUUUUUUUUUUUCUUCAUUGCCCGCCCCUCGCAUAGCUCUGAAAAAGCACCGAGCCAACUUUAACUCAGUUUUGAAUCAAGCAGAGCAUUGAGGUCAGUUUCAGUGGGCACCUUGGUUUGUACAAAGGAUGCCCCUCGAUCCCCUUCUGCCAUUCUCAUGGCCUGUUUUCCCGCAACCUUCCCCCCCCCGCCCCAUGCCCCGCCCUUUGCAUAUUUCACUCCAUUUCAACCAGGCGGAUGCUCAGGACACCCGAGGGGAAGGCAGAAGGGAUAACCUAGACGUCAAGGGUCCGGCUAGCAAAGCCUUUCUCAGUGUUACUAUUUUGCUUGGUUUGGGAACGGGGUAUUUUUUUUGUUUGUUUUUGUUUUUGUUUGUGUUUGUUUUUUUUGUUUUGGUUUAUCAGUUUGGACUGAACAGCUUGUUUACUGUGUAAGCAAGGCUGGAGGAUGGACCGUGGUCACUCAGGAAGGAGGCUUGUACAGAAAUAAAAUUGUAAGUUGAUGAACAA